AUGACCUCUAUGAGGCGUAACAUUACUGGCCCUAUCACAGAUGAAAUGGAUGUGCUAACCAUUUUCCUUGGUCAACUUGAGGGUGACAAAAUAGUACAAGAUAAGGCCUUGAUAAUCCCUUUUCAAGAGUCUGAGGCCUGUUUGUCUACCAUCACAACCAAAGUUAAAGAAGCCCUUGCUAUAGGUGCUGAUGAAAACAUCAUUUUAACUGAUAGUCAAGGAAACCUACUCCUUGAUAGCCCUGGCACAAAAGGUUCUUCUUAUUGGAAGCAGAGCUCCAGGCGCUUUUUUGCCAUCAAAGAUGUUUUUGCAGAAAUGGGAAGAAGAAGAAAAAGAAGAAAACUAGGGCAAGCUAAAAGACACGAGGAAUCGGAGCUCUUAGAAAUAAGAGACAAAAUCGAGGAGGUCCUUCUCGCAUCUGAAGGGUUACCAGCUGUGUCAGCCAAGCUCAGGGAGCUCUCCAAGCAUUCUGAGGGCCUCACAGAACAGCAAAGUGAGAUAUUGAAGACCUCAUUUAGGUGCAAUGUAUGCAGAGGAGUGAUGAACAGUCCUAUGCUGGCGCGCUGCUGUCGCAGUUUGGUUGGUUGUCGAGAGUGUGUCAAUGCUAUACUCCAGGAGGGUCAAGGAUGUGUUAAGUGUCGGUCUCCAAUUACAGAGGAAUCCCUGGUGGCUGUAGCUGGCCUCUCUGAAGUUUUUAAUAUUAUUAGGGCCAUAGAAGAGCAGUACACUUCUGUAUAA